AUGUCUCAGUCAUUAGAAAGUGAAGCAAUCGAUAUUCAUGCUGACUGCCUCUUGGCCAUCGGAUCCGUUAGCUUCAUCGUCAUCUACCUCACGUGCCAUGCAGGAUCACCCAUCUUGAGCUGUGGCUCGAUCCUGCUCACGAUCUUAGCCAUUCCCUCCGCAUACCUUGCCUCCGCGUUGCUGAGUGGGUCGCGGGAGAUCACAGGAGUUGCCUUCCUGUCGAUCUUCCUCAUCACGGGUCUGGGUGCUGAUGUGGUGCUGGUCUUCGUGAACUUUUGGGAGGCUUCGAAAGCUCGCUUCGGUAGCGACACCGCGGCCAGAGUCAAGUUCCUCUACCGCAACGCCGGCUUAGCGUGCCUGGCGACCACCUUCACGACGGCGGCCUCUUUUUUUGCCAACCUCGCCUCGGUCCUUCGCGCUCUGCGAGAGUUCGGCUUCUUCAUGGGCCUCUGCAUCCUCGGAGCAUAUCUCUACCUCCUCGUGGGCCUGCCAGUACUCCUCAUCCUCAAUGACAAGCUGUCGUGCUGCUGCAGCUGCAGCUGCUUCUCCUUUUGCUGCCGCUAUCUGGAGGGCAAGACCGAACCGGACGUGAAGAUGAAGGGCCGCCUGAGCCGCCGCCUAGGCAACUGCUGCCUGCGCAGGUGCCUGGUGGCUCAUAGUGUGAGCUGCUUCGCCUUUUUCAUCCUGAUUGUCGCCGUCUUUGCGGUGUGGGUUGCUAACGAGAUCACCGUCGAUGCAGGUGUCCCGCAGAUGUUCCCCAGCGAUCACAACCUCAACUCGGUCGAGGCGGUCGCGGAACUCUUCGGUGCCGCGGAGGAGCAUUUCACCAACGACCAGAUACGAGUCUGCAACUUCGUGCAGCUCCAAAGGCAGAGUCAGUUCAAGAGCUGUGCAGUUCAUCUCUGCCAGAUCACUCUGGAGAUGCCCCUCACUCGUAUAGGCCGCCUACCAGACGCGGAGGCGGAGAAUAGCUCGGAGACCCCCAUGGCUGAAUGCGGCUGCUUUCCGACGACGAAGCCUUCCAGACGCUGCUUUUCGGUGUCGCCGCAGACCACGGCGCAAGUUUGGGUCACACCGCGCGUGGUUGGUGACAUCCCAGAAGCUGCCCUGAAGAGCUGGCAGGAGAGCGAUGGGUUCCGACAGUUCAUCUUGGACGCAGCCUUGGAGGUCAACUCCUGGCAGGCGUACCAGCUCUUGCGGGAUAGCAUCCAGCUGGGCUUCCCUCAAGCAGCCGAUGUGACGGCCCCGCACUUCCUCAAGCAGGAGUUCUGGGAGACCGGUGAGCAGCUCUCCGCCAGCUACAACGUGCUUCCGAGUUUCGUCAUCCCCGUGACGAUUCCGCAUAACAGCUCUGCUGUGGAGCUUUGCCAUGCGGAGGAGAUUUGCUACUGUGGCGCCCCCGUGUGCACCUAUGCCGGAGAGCGCCUGGUAGAUCCGGUGAUGCCCAACGCUUCCUGGGACCAGGUACUGAUUCCCGUGCCAGAGACGUCCAGGAGGCUGGAGGCAGGGGAGGCGGCACAUGUGGCUGCGAGGCUACCAGCGCCGGUCAGCAGUGGUGGUCGGAGCUUGUCUUCUGGUGUGGACGUGGCGGUCGUCUGGGGAAUUCUUGUCGAGGAUGGCUCACCCUUGCUCGGUUCACGAGAGGAGACCUGGUCCUUCAAUGUAGCCUUCCGGCCGGAGUCACCCUUCACGCAGCGCACGCUGCUUCAGACCUGUCGGCAGGCGCCUUCCCAACCAGAGCUCCUGGUCAUUCGAACCGUCUGCUGGAUUGAGCAGUUCCGGCAGUUUGCUGCUGGCAAGGACCUGCCAUUUCCGGUGCCCAGCAGCGUCUUCCAGCAGACCUUCGCCGAGUUCGUGGACGGCCGCGUGCUGCCCAGCGGGUUUCUGGCAAAGGAAUUUAUGUGGCUGGGGCCAGACUUCGAGCUCAGGGCGACCUUCAUGCAGUUCUUUGUGAGCGUGAACUACAUGACAGCCGCUUCGGCCUCGAUACUGAACCUGAUGCAAAGCUGGGACAAGGUCAUCGACGAUGUGAACAAAGAUGCCCCUGCAGACGUGGGCGAGGCCUGGCACACCUCGCAGCUUUGGAUUCGCGCCGAGGCGGAGUCCGCCAUCGUGAGCAGCACCGUGGUGACCAUGAUCGUGAGCGUGGCAUGCGGCCUGGCAGGAGCAUUGCUGUUCACUCAUCUGGACAUCUUGCUGUCCUUGAUGGUUGUAGUGGCCGUGACGGGUGUGACCAUCUCUCUCGCCUGGUUCAUGAUCGUCUUUAUGGGCUGGCCCGUGGGCGUCCUGGAAGUGUUGGGCCUCAUUGUCUUCGUGGGCUACAGCAUCACCUACUCCCUGCACAUCGCCCACAAGUAUCAGUUGCACAGCAUGGAGCUGGAGGAGGAGCCCCUGUCUGAGCGGCGACGCCACGCGGUGGUACAAGCUCUGCAGAGUAUGGCCAGCUCUGUGCUAGGCUCUGCAGCGACCACUCUGGGAUCCUCCUUCUUCCUCUUCUUCUGUCAGCUGGUGAUCUUCGUAAAGUUGGCUACGGUCCUCUUUGCGGUCACCUUCUUUGCAUGUGUCUUCGCGAUCCUCGCGCUGCCUGCCGCGCUGCUUUGCAUUGGUCCCGUGGGCACCGCCUGCACCCAUCUCAUUCCGUGGGCUUCGCAACAGCUCUCCAAGGAGCCGUCCUCGUCGGCCAUCGCCGCCAGCUCUACGAAGCUGACGUCAUCCUUGGCACGGAAGAUUCCGAAGGAUGCGAUCUCCAGCUCGCAGAAGACGGAGGUCUUUAUCUCCUCGACGCCAUCCGCCUUCAAAAGUUCCUGGCCGGCUGCGAUCGCCCCGGAGCCCUUUGCCGGCGUGGUCUCCCCGCCGCACAACCGCGACCUCUUCUCCGGCAGUAUCUCCACCAGCGUCUUUUAG